AGGUAAAUGUGUUAUUUAAAAAUUUGAUUGGAUGCGUAAAGAAGUUGUGGAGGUGCAGAAAGUAAAAGCCUGUACGAUAAUGGGCACGGUCAACUUUUUCAACCUGGGCUGGUGUCAGAUUGGGGGGAUGUGUUGGCCCAUCUAAUUGAAUUAUACUGAAAAAAAAAGAAGCGUGAAGUAUGGUGUGAGCAUUGAAAUGGAAUAUUGGAAUUUGGAAUUUGGAAUUUGACGUCUUCGUUGAAGGAAUCAAAUUCAUGAAACAAAGAAAGAAAAUUUCAUGAAUUGUAGUAUUUGUGGUAUUCGUUAGAUGGUGAAAUUACAGAACACUCUCACCUCCUCAAGCAACACACCCAGGCACCUGCACCUCAUUCUCGUCGAAUUAAAUUUGAUUGAAAAGUAUCGAGCUUGUGAAUUAGCUGUCAUGGAUGUUCCACUGCCGCUGGAUAAAUUGGCUUUAAAUUUGAUUAAUAAUGAACCCGAUCCUGGAAACACUAGCAACAACAAGAUAUACGUAAUUCUGGUGGCAACUGGAAGCUUUAACCCACCUACUUUCAUGCAUUUACGCAUGUUUGAGCUUGCAAGAGAUGCGCUGAAUUCAAACGGCUACUGCGUAAUUGGAGGUUACUUGUCUCCGGUGAAUGAUGCAUACAAGAAAAAAGGCCUAAUAUCUGCUAAACAUCGAAUACAAUUAUGCCAUUUAGCCUGCAAAAGUUCAGAUUUUGUAAUGGUUGAUCAAUGGGAGGCAAGUCAGAGCACGUAUCAACGCUCUUUAACUGUUCUCUCCAGAGUCUACAAUUCUGUUUGUGGGACAGGGUUGGUAUCCAGAGAAUCCCUCAAGGUCAUGCUUCUCUGUGGUUCUGAUCUCCUUCAUUCUUUUGGCAUUCCUGGAUUCUGGAUUCCUGACCAGGUUCGAUCUAUAUGCAAAGAUUAUGGAGUAGUAUGCAUUAGCAGAGAAGGACAAGACAUUCAGAAGACUAUAUCUGAAAAUGAAAUUCUGAAUCAGAAUCAGGAUAAUAUCAAAGUGGUGGAUGAACUUGUACCAAAUCAAAUCAGCUCAACCAGAGUAAGGGAUUGCAUUGCAAGAGGAUUAUCAAUAAAAUACCUUACUGCGGAUGAAGUGAUUGACUAUAUCAGAGAGCAACAGUUAUACUUGAACUUAAUUGAGAAGUAACUAUUAUUGUUUUUUAUUACAUUCUGUAUAACAUAUGGGUCUUUGCACGAGCCAUUGUACUAUAUGAGCCCAUUCUCGAUGAAGAAAUAAUUGUGUUAUAAUUUGCGGAAAAAUAAAAUGAUUAUAUUUAUUUAUAUAAUCAAAUGCAAGUACUCAGUUAAAGUUGCUCACUUUAACAUUGUUGGAACCGCGAGUGGAGAAGCCUUGUUAUUAUGACAUGCAAAUUCUGUAA